AUGCCGAACAUAGAUGAGCCUGCCACCGGGAGCUCGUCCAGCACACGCACACCUCUCGCGGGCUCCAGCAACGCCACUAGAGAACGUACCUUGUCUGCGACGCCAGAGUUUCCUCUGCCGGCCGCCCGCGUGCGCUCUCCAAUUCGCGUUCGGGCGCCUUCACCUAUCCCAGGACACGGCGCAGAUCAGGUUACUGGCAUAGGUUACAGAUCCAUGCAUGAUCCCGUCGUUGUCGAUACGGACGGUCAUCACAUAGACCACUUCCCGCCACCUCAACGACACAUAUCGCCUGUAGAUGCGGCUCUCGCGUUCUUUGGAUAUGGUAGAGCGGGAAACCGCGAUAGGCGGGAGUUGGUCUCCAUGAUAUGGAACGUCGGCUUCGGCUUCGUACAGAUUGUGACUGUGAUAACUGUUCUCGCAUUUGCCGCUCAUACUGAAAGUCCCGCUCUUCCUGAGUCAGGUAUCUCCGAAUGGCAUGCGUGUAGUAGACCUCUCGGUGUAUGGAACUCUCUAUGGGUAGUCCGUGUAACGCUAGCUAGCUUGCUCUCGUAUUGGGGAUGGCACAGUCGCAGGCGCCGCCCGCGGACGGAUGCAGAGUCCGGGCGUCACACUUCAACUGCUACUACGGCAUAUGCCGAGGUGGGGCGCCGUCCACCUGCGGCGCAUCACAACGCAUCCUCUGGGCCAGAGCGCGAUGCUCCUGCAGCGCCGGCGUCGCACCUUUACUCCAGGCUCUCCCUCCUAUCUACUUUGCUGGGCCUUACGUGGUUUCUGACUGCGCACAUCCUGGAGUACACGUCGAUCAACACAUGCCGGAUCACCUCGCCGCACCUAUGGUGGCUUACUUUCGGUAUCCUCGCCAUCGUUUACGCUGUGAUACUGGAGGUCUUCCUCCUCGGCCUUAUCAUCUUCGUUUUCGGCCCAGUUUUAUACCUACUGCUCGCCCUCGUCAUGUUGUGCCUCGGACGUCCUCUCCGACGGCCACCAUACGCCCGGCACGAGAUAGGGAAGCUUCCACGAGCGGUUGUAGACCAGAUCCCGCUCGUGCUCUACAUUCCUUCCCCUCCUGACGGCCAGAAUGACGAUGUCGUGAAGGAGCCCGAGGCUGCGCACACCUUUCCGCCUAAGCCGCCGGCCGCGUCUAAGCCGAAGCGACGGUUCAGGUUCAGGCUUCUGAGACGCAAGAAGACGAAGGGAGCCGAAGGGAAUCGCGGCGGUGGAGACGCCGGUGGCGCCGGGGACGACAAAGAUGACGAGCAUGAGUCUCGGUGGGAGGACAACUGGGUGCGCGGAGAAUUGCCGUUCGUUAGGUUGGAGGAGAACCGUGCCGCGUGUGCGAUUUGUCUCCUCGACUUCGAGGAGCCAGAACGUCGACAUCAGCACCACCCGUCGCCUGCUGAACCCCAAACACCUGCGUCACCAAGUGGAGACAAAAGUGGAGUACAGGAAAUUCCGAUCGAGCGACCAGACCUGCGCCUGGAGGAUGCGGGAGAAGGAGCACAACCGUUGAGGUUGUUGGCGUGCGGCCACGUCUUCCACCAAACCUGUCUCGAUCCUUGGCUCCUUGACGUCAGUGGCCGGUGUCCGGUAUGUCAGAGACCUGUCGAGGUGGCGGAACGUCCCCCGAAGAAGCCCAGGCGACGGAGGGGCGGCAAUGAUUAG